AUGGUUGUCAUCUCGUCCAUUGCUUCGCCUGAUCCGAACCAGAUCACUACAGCUCAACCAAUCACCAGACACGCCUGGACACGAUACGGAGGACUCAUCGCACACCCCACCGAAGCGUCCAUAGGAACCUUGAAACAAACUAAGGCAAACGCCGGUACAGCAACAAAAACCUCGCAAGUCGCACCAUUCAUCUCACACUAUGACAAUGCUCCCAGCGGCACUGCAGCCACCGCAAAUGUUAACAUCUUUCGCUGUCAAGCACAAGGCACAACUCAUGAUCAAUUACGCGUAAACGUGCUCGAGCGACAUCCGUAUACUACCCAAAGCUUUAUCCCAAUGGGGCGGAACAGGGAUGAGGUUGGAUAUGUGGUUGUGGUAGCGGAUGAUAAGGAUGGUGUGCCGGACUUGAGUACGGUGAGGGCGUUUGGGUGUACGGGAAAGGAGGGGGUAACGUAUGGUGUGGGGCAGUGGCAUGCACCGAUGAUUGUUCUUAAAGAGACGACGGAUUUCGUGGUGUAUGUGCACGAAAACGGCGUCCCACGAGAGGACUGCGAGGAGGUUAAGAUUGUGGGCGGAUUGCUCGUAAAGGUAGCGACAGAUGCAACUUUGGCAGCGAUGAUUUGA